AUGGUUUUCCAGCUGUAUGACAGUUCAUCCUGGAGCACAGAAGGCUGCAUCACUUCUCAAGGAACCAAUCAAACGGAUUGUUACUGCAAUCACCUGACUUUCUUCGCUUUAGUAAUGACAAGUGCAAGCCUCACUGAAACUGACCUCAUAGUCCUCUCUUACAUCUCCUACAUUGGCUGUGGAAUAUCUGUCUUCUUUUUAGGAGUCACUCUAAUUAUAAACAUCAUGCCUAGGAAAAAGAAGAGAAAUCAUUCACAUGUGAUCAAUAUGAACCUUUGUGGUGCCGUGUUUUUCUUAAACCUCACCUUCUUGAUGAACGAAUGGGUGACGUCUCUACAGAACACUGCUGCCUGCCAGUUCAUUGCUGGAUUGAUGCACUACUUCCUUCUCUGCACUUUCACCUGGUUUGGAAUUGAAUCUUUCCAUUUGUACCUGCUGGUGAUCAAAAUCUUCAACAUCUAUGUGAAGCACUAUCUGCUGAAGCUUCAUCUCCUAGGGUGGGGACUACCAGCUGUGGCCACAAUUAUCUUUGGAAGUCUGAACUUUUAUGGGCAAUAUGAAAUUCUGGUGAAAGACAGCAAAUCGACAUCUAUAUGUUGGAUAAAAAACACUGCACUCCACUACUUCACCGUGGGAUACUAUGCAGCUGUGUUUCUUUUUGCUGGUGUCAUAUUCAGUCUGGUCCUGGUGGCAAUCCUCAAAAUGACACACACCAACAUGGAUCCAAAGAGAAAAGGAAUGACCCGGAAGAUGGCGAUUACAGUUUUGGGCCUGAUCAUUUCUCUGGGUCUAACGUGGGGCAUCAUGUUCUUUGGUUUUGGUCCCUUAGAUAAGGCUGCAGUCUAUGCCUUCUGUAUCCUAAACUCUCUACAGGGUUUCUUCUUGUUUCUCAAACAUUUCAUCGUCCACAAUAACAGAUCUUUGGACUCAUCAGAGAGUGUGACAGAGAGGACCACCUCGGCCAGCAACACCACCAGUAGCAGCCAGUGACGCAGGACAGACGUGUGAGCAUUAUAAAAAAU